AAUACUUUACAAAAGGAUAAAAAAAAUUAAAUAUAUAUAUAUAUAUAUAUAUAUAUAUAUCGAGCGUAUUUAUCGGAUGAAUCAGACUUUGUGGUGUCCAGCAAACGUGCUUGAAGAAGAAGGAGAAGGAGGAUAGUCAUCCAGGUCGUGGAAGUGGUGGUAAUGGAUUAGUAGUAGAGCUACUAGUGCUACUGCUGAUUCUCUCCUAGUAUUACUCUGGUGGUAAUUGUGCGCGAGUGUUCGAGCGCAUGGUCAGAUCGAAUAAUUGACUGUGGUAGUAGUGGUGGUGGGUGGUAGUAUGGUGGUGUAUAUUCCAAUCUCCGGCAUAACAGAGCAACGUGAUCUCACUAUCGUCGCGUGAACAACACAACAAAUUUCUUAUUUUAGUGUAUAUGUUGAUGUCUAUAUGUGUGUGUGUGUUUAUCUCUUCUAUAUAACAAUUUAUAUUUAUAAUAAUAAAUAAUAUCAAUGUGGUCUAUACACGCGUGUGAUGAUAUGUAAUAAAUAAAACACGUUUGCGAAUAAGAAUGUUAGUGGAAGAGGAGGCCUUGUUCUUAUACAAUACACGAGGUGAAAUGUAAAGAGAGUACAUUGAUCGAUCCAAGCUACGCAAACAAGAGAAACCUUACGUAUGUGUAUAUGUAUCUUACAUGUUAUAAUAUACGUGUAUGAGUGAGAAAAUAGUCAAGGAGGCGGCCGGUUCUGUUGUAAACAAAGAAUCGAUCCAAUCGUUUUGAAAGCAUACACACACACACACAUAUAUAUAUAUAUAUAUAUAUACAUAUAUAUAAAUAUAUUUAUAACAGUAUAUCGAGUACCAGUUUCUAUUGUGAUCAUAGUCAAAUUCUUUUGAAAUCCUUUGAAGUGGAUAAUAAAAGGAUUCUCGUUUAAGAGAAAUUAUCAUUUUCCAAGAUGCCAACCGCUCAAGACACGACUACGUACCUGAUCGAAGUGAUGCCAGGAGAAACAACUCAGGAUUUUCUUUCUCACGACGUUGAUCUACUCGUAUCGCAAAUAAAGGAAAAUUUACGAUUAAGCGGAUUGAAAGCUAAAUCUAGCACAGUUAAUAGAAAUCGAGCAACACCAUAUCGGGUACCAUCGUCCCGUUCAUCUUGGGCCGAUUCUAACGGUUGCGAUCUUUGUAAUGCACAAAAUCGAACUGAUAAAUUAAACGGUGCUCAAAUACAAGAGGGUUUAGAUCAACAACAACAACAGCAACAGCAACAACAAUUAAUUCAUUAUCAGCCUGAAUUUUGGCAACAACAACAACAACAGCAGCAGCAGCAGCAAUGUUAUCAUCGGUAUCAUCAUCAUCAUUGUCAACACAGUCAUCAUCGUCAUCGACAUCGUCAUCAACGUCAUCAUCUUCAUCAUAAUUGUUCAAACAACGACAGAGAAGACGAUCCUUAUGAAUUGUUACAAGAACUUUUACGAGGAGGUGGUUUGAUCAAGGAAGCGGUCAAACGAUUAAAAGCUAAUUUCGUUGAAUAUAAAUGUUCAAUGGAUAACAAACUUCAAGAGGAUGACGAUGACGACGAUGACGAUGAUGAUGACGAUGACGAUGAUGAAGAAGAUGACGAAGAUGACGAAGAGGAUGUUGAGGAUGUUUUAGAAGAUGGAAUGGUUAUCAAUGGUGCGAAGGAACGUUCUAUGGUGUAUCGGAGGAAACCUUAUUUCUACGAUUCCGAAGACGAACCAUUGGUUUACGAAUCUUUCGAAUUAUGAAAGAGAGAUAAGAGACGAUUUAAAGUGUAGAAGAAGAAGAAGAAGAAGAAAAAGAAGAGCAGAAAAAAUA